GACGUCAAUCUUUCCUAUUGUCUGCUUACAACCCUUUUUCAGCCAUCCAGUCAGUUAUUUAUCGACUUCUUCUAACAAAUACAUACAUAUAUGAUUCAUAUACAUACAUACUUUGUAUCUAUUGAGCACUUGAUAUCUUCAUCCUACUCGAUUAUUUUCUUCUAUUCCAUCCCUCAAGAUUUUAUUGCAAGGACAAGUCGUCCGAAUAAAUCAACCCCGCCCACUCUUCUCCACGGCUGAAAAAUAUGGAUAAGUCACAUGCAACAUAUCUCUCUCCACAAGAUCUCUUGAGAAGUUAUCAACCUCCCGAAGCGCCUUUCUCGGCGCCACCAGAGGAGGAGAUCGGUGGGCAAGAAGACGAUGUAUUGCUUAUUCCAAUCGACAUCCCUGUCAACAACCCAGAAUCAUCUGGAGUAUUAUAUUCCGGGCCCUUGGAAGAGGAAAUAAUCGAGCAAGAAGAAGAAGAAGAAGAAGAAGAAAUCUCAAUCAUCCCCAUCAAUCUCCCAGAAUCCUCUCCAUUAUCAUAUGCCUCACCAUUCCUAGAAGAAACCGCCCCAACAGAAGAACAAAGCAUCAACCUCGACAUCCCCCUCAGGAUCCCCACAUCCCUUCCACAAAACUCAAACCCCUCACCCAAAUCCCACACACCCUAUUCCCUGCGCUACGAGAUCUCCUCGCCCUCUCCCCGCGCCACAAUCGUCACACACAAAGACAUCGGCUGGCUUUCCGACGCCGGAGUGCGCGGUUCCGUAUCUACCGUGUGCCACGGAACAUUCCAUUCGCAGCCCGCGACGCUCAUCCUCUUUUCGUUUAUUUUCCGCUCCGGCGACCACGGAUUUCGCUUCAAAAACGCAAAUGUGAAGAUUGAUUUCUCGCGGUAUGAAUCCCCCUCCUCCUCAUCCACAUCCACACCUGCAUCUGCAUCAACCCCCCCCUGGACCCCGUCCAUCGCCCAACUCGCCCCCCGCAAAAUCUACGGUCUACCCACCACGACCCACCAAACCCAGCAAAUCACCGGUGAGAUAUCCCUGCAGCUCCCUCUCGGUGCCGCAAGCCUCGGGCCCAGCACUUCCCUCUCUCGCGAAUCUUCUUUCUCGCUUUCCCACCGCUAUUCCCUCGUUGGAAAUAUCUGGUCGCGGGCGCGCUCGUCGGCGUGGGAUAGCGCGUACUGGGAUAUACGAGAAAAUAAGCGCACGAAACAGGGGAUUCCGGAUCGAGUGGAUGUGGGAGUUGUGGUUUGUAGGGAUGGGGAGGGCUCGUUUCAGGGAGAGGUGAAGGUGGAGGUUGACACGCCGGUUAUGAGGGGAGUGUGGGGGUGGCCGUGGGGGAGGGGGAAUUCCGUGGUUUUUAUGCCGGGGGUGGAGAGUGGCGGGGAGAGGGUCAGGACGAGGAGGUUUGAGGAGUUGGGGGAGAGGGAUUGGAGGGGCUUGGUGGGCUGGGAGGGGGAGUGGGUGGAUGUUGUUGUGGGGAAUACGGAGGGGGGGAGGGGGGAGGAAAAGGUUUGAGGGGGGGUGUGGUGGUGAUUGUUAUAAGAGGCAGAAAGAAGAAAGUAGUAAAAUGUCAAAUCAUCAACAGCUGAUCGAAUCUACCCUUAUCCACCUCCAAUUCUGUAUUUAUGAAGGGACCGGACAAUCUCCAUCCCACGUUCCAAACUUCACAUAUCGCCAACCCCAAGCUAAAUGAUAAAUAUCCCGCA